UUAGUWUUCCGCAAACCAUUAAUAAAAAUAGAAAAAUUCUACUAAAGUAAAUUACACCAACUAAAAGACGUUAAAAAUGUCUGAAGAACAAAAAACAGAGCAUCUAGAAUCCGAAAUGGAUGAAAUUCAAUUGGCAGAUGUAACGGAAAACGAAAUGGUUAAUGAAGAAAAUUGCAAAAAUGUGAAAGCCGACGAUAUCAUUCAUAAAAAUGACGAAAGGACAUGUAUUAUUGAAGAAGUUAAACCUCUAAAUGAAGGUGAACAAAGCAAAAACAUAAAUAAAAUGGAAAUCGCAGGAACAAGCGAACAAUGUACUAAAAGUUCUGAGAAGGUCGAAGAAAUGGAGGUAACCGUAUUAACGGAGGAAACAGACAUAGCAUCAAAAAAUAAUGAAGUUGUUAGUAUGAAUAAAGAAAUUAGGGUAGCUGAUCAUAUAAUUGGGCUUUCACCUUCUAUAGAGACAAAUGAUAUACAGUUAGAAUUAGAAAAAGAUUUACUAAGAAAAUCGUCUGAACCCAAAACGGUUGACCAAAUGGAACCUAUGGAAAUAAGCAGUCAUAAUUUACAAAUUCCUGGAAGCGUUAGUGAUGAAGGAAACGAAGAUAGCCAAGAAUCAUUACCACUCGUAAUUGACGAAAAACCAUCUUCCCCUAAUGAAACAAACACAGAAGAACCUUUAACUUCUCUCCAAGGUAGUAACUCUAAUCCAAAUGAGUCAAGUAUAGAUAUCCGUAACAGUGAAACAAACAAUGAAAAUUUGGCGAUUGAUAAACUAGAUCGCAACCAGUGUGCACCUGGAAAUAUCAUUGAAAUAGAUGAUGACAAUGAAGAAGCAAAAACAGAGGAGGACCCAGAUGUAGAAAUAACUGAAACAAGGAGCGCUUCCUAUAUUCCAGUAAUCGAAAUAGAUGAUGAUGAUGAAGAUGAAAAUGAAAACUUAAAUCGGUUAGAAGAUAACACCCAGAAAGAGAAAGUAAAUGAUGAGGAAUCCACCUCAUCUACGACUACAAAAACCGCUGCUGCUUUAUCUCACGAAAAUAGUGUCAACAGUAUAAAUAGAGAUCACGUUGAAGAGAGCACAAUUACAGAUAACACAAAGGAUUCAUCUGUUAAAGAAUCGGUUACGGAACCAGAUUUAUUAAUGGAAACUGCAGUACCACCACAGACACGCGAGUCCGAUGAUAUGGAACAUAUUGAAAUAUUCUACAACCAGGACUGUAUCAAUCACGAUUGUGCCCGGAAGCACAAGCAAUUUUUCUUAGUACCCCAAUUCGCUUUAAGCCACUAUAAAGUAAAGAAGAGACGUAGCCAAAAGCAGUACAUUUGUCUAGAAUGUUAUGACUGUGCUCUUGACACUUAUGAGGAAUACUGCGGUUUAUUGAAAGCUAAACAACCUUUACUUUUAAAAAAUAUUAAUGUCCAAGGUCCUGAGUUUGUGGAAAUCACAGAUAGCAGCGACGAUGAUGACGAAACGUCUACAACGCAACAAAUUCAGACGGUGAAAGGAUCAUUUACUUCAGCGAAUUUAGAUCUAAUAGAGGCUGAAUUGGAAAGCUCGAUUAAAAAUGUACUUGAAAAAUUGGAAAUACAAAAUCAGUUAACUUGGUCAAAGACAAUUUUAGAGACCCGUGCCCGUAGACUGGAAGAGGAGUCGAAGCUAAAUGAUGAGUUAUUGCGAUCACUACAACGGAAGGCUGACCAAAUGUACAGUUCACUUUACCAAUGUCCGAAAAUAAGAUUACGACAGUUCCAACCAUUGGAUUUGAACACUAACUUACCCUAUUCAUUCCCUGAAGUCACACCUUGUCCCCCAGUUGGAGAAAUUUUACGGCCACCUAUCGAAAUUAAUCAAAUUUAUUAUGCAGUGAAGAAUAAGGCAAUAGCUAGUUGGGUGCCCUGUAAGGUCUUUGAGCAAGUAGAAUCUAGCUCGCUUUUAGGUUCGAACUCAAAGGUGCCGAAUUAUAAAGUGAAGUUUUUAAAGCUGCAAUAUCAAAUGAUGAAAACUGUGUCGGCGAAACAUUUGGCCUACUACGACCCUCCCAAAUUCCGUCUUCCCAUCGGUUCACGUGUAAUUGCUUACUUCGAUGCCACUUCUUUGUCGCGAGGUAAAGAAAAGAUGAUGAUACAGAGUGCUUUUUACCCAGGAAUUAUUGCAGAACCUUUGAAACCGAACAACAAAUAUCGGUAUUUAAUAUUCUAUGAUGACGGUUACACCCAGUAUGUUUCGCACAAAGAUGUUCGCUUGGUGUGCAACGUUUCCGAUCAUGUUUGGGAGGACGUACAUCCUGCAUCUCGAGAAUUUAUACAAAAAUACCUAACACAAUACUCCAUCAACCGGCCAAUGGUACAGACUCAGAAAGGGCAAAGUAUGACCACGGAAUCAAAUGGCAAAUGGAUUUAUGCGCGAGUUGUAGAUAUUGAUUGCAGCUUAAUACAAAUGCAAUUCGAGGGGCCAAAAAGUCAUACGGAGUGGAUUUAUAGAGGAUCGCUGCGUUUGGGACCAGUUUUUAAGGAGUACCAGAAAACUUUACAAAAGGACACACUACCUUUACCACGACUGGCCAGGCGCACUGAACCAUUUAUUCGUUACACCGCCGAUGAGGAAGCAACUACCGCGCAACAGGAGCAAGUAAAGGAGCGUGAACGUGAACGUGUGUCGUCCACUGAGCCACGGGCAGUUGCUAAAAAGAGCGUGAGCCGCUUAUCAACAGAUUCGGCAACAGCAAGUAGCGCGCAAGCGCAUACGUCAUUACCCACAGUGCGUCACUUAAACAACUCUACUAUUUAUCUGGAAGAUGAAAACAAGCCAAAAGGAAAGGUUGUCUACUAUACUGCUAAACGAGAUUUGCCACCAUUAACAUAUCGCGUUCAUAAAUGCUCUUCAUCAUGUUUAUUUAAAAUUCCGCAUAAUCUCAGCGCCUACAGUCCACUGUCUAAACCGUUGCUCUCUGGUUGGGAAAGACCGAUACUGCGCUUAAAGAACAAAAAAAUAGUGGCAUACCGUGGACCGUGUGGAAAAAUUAUGCGCAAUAUGGAGGAAGUGCGUCGUUACCUUCGUGUAACAGAUAACACACUAAACGUUGAUAAUUUUGACUUCCAUCAUGAGACCAGUUGUUUGGCGGAAUAUGUAAUCGAAUCAGCUAUUGUACAAAAACGGGAUAUUUCAGGCGGCCAAGAAAAAAUGGCGAUACCCUUAGUCAACUAUUAUGACAAUACAUUGCCACCGGAAUGUAAAUACGCUGCACAACGUAUACCAACAGAUGGUGUAAAUCUCAAUCUUGACCCAGGAUUUUUGGUUGGUUGUGACUGCGAAGGAGACUGUUCGGAUAAAGAAAAGUGUUCAUGUUGGCAACUCACUUAUGCAGGCGCUAAGUAUGGAAACCCAAAUACACCAAUGGCAGAAAUCGGUUAUCAAUAUAAGCGUUUAUAUGAGCACGUUCCGACAGGAAUUUAUGAAUGUAACUCAAGGUGUAAAUGCAAAGCGAAUUGCUUAAAUCGUGUAGCACAGCAGAAUUUAGCUAUGAAACUUCAAGUAUUUAAAACAUCAAAUCGUGGAUGGGGAUUGCGUUGCAUAAACGAUGUGCCCAGAGGCAGCUUUGUUUGCAUAUACGCUGGUCACUUGCUAACCGAAGCAAAAGCAAAUGAAGGUGGGUUAGAUGCCGGCGACGAAUAUUUCGCAGAAUUAGAUUACAUAGAAGUAGCGGAGCAAAUAAAGGAAGGAUACGAAUCAGACGUUGAACCCCCGGAGAUUGAGGAAGAGGAGGAUACAUAUGCACCAGAUCCGGAAGAUGAUGAUGAGUUCACACCAAGUAAGUCCUUCUUAACACGCGCCAAAAAUAAGGCACAGAAACUGACACGUAGCAGUUCCACACAAAACACCGACGAAGACUCGCAGGAACGUCAAGUAAUUAAUUUUAAUCCUAACGCGGAUAUGAAUGAAGACUCCACACGAGAAUCAUCUAUACGAGGCCUAUUUGGAAAAGAUGAGGCGUGUUAUGUAAUGGACGCAAAAACCAUAGGAAAUCUUGGACGCUAUUUUAAUCACUCGUGUUCCCCCAAUCUCUUCGUACAAAAUGUUUUUGUUGAUACCCAUGACUUGCGUUUCCCUUGGGUAGCAUUCUUUUCCUCAACUAAUAUUCGGGCUGGUACGGAACUGACUUGGAAUUAUAAUUAUGAAGUCGGCGUAGUGCCCGGAAAAGUACUAUAUUGUCAAUGUGGUGCACCAAAUUGUCGCCUACGUCUUCUAUAAAUAAAAAUGUAUCAUUUAAGUUUAAACUUUGCUUAUCUGAGAAAUAAAAAAACGACAUGCGAAACAUUU